GGUGUUAAGUCAGGUAAUAUGUCCAUCUACGACAGCACACUGACAAACAAUAGAGCUGAUGAGAGUGGUGGAGCAAUUGGUGUGCAAUCAGGCAACGUGACCGUCUCCAGUAGCAACCUGACAAACAACAGAGCUGGCAGUUGGGGUGGAGGGAUUAAUAUUGACUCAGGCAGUGUCUUUAUUUCCGACAGCAAAUUGACAAACAACUGUGCUGACGGUAAUGGUGGAGCGAUUGAUACCUACUCAGGCAGUGUGUCUAUCUUCAAUAGCACACUGACAAACAACAAUGCUGACGGGAGUGGUGGAGCGAUUGGUGUUUACUCAAGCAGUGUGUCUAUCUCAGAUAGCACAAUGACAAACAAUCGUGCUGUCGCAAAUGGUGGAUCGAUCCAUUGUGACCUUGGUAGCACCGUGUCCAUCUCUGACUGUACGCUCAAAAACAACAGAGCUACCUCUGGAGGAGGAAUAUUUCUGAGAGUGAGUACACUCCUAGUAAAUGAGCCAAUAAAGAUCAAUCUCAAUACAGCACAACAGGAUGGUGGAGGAAUUUAUGCUCAUUCAAGUAGAGUUGAAUUUGAAUCUGCUUUACCGAUUCCAUCAAAUAUACGAAGUGAGAUUGUUGAAAACAUUGCUGAGAAUGGUGGAGGUAUUUAUGCAGUAGUUACAUACAUUAAACUAACUCGAUCACACGUUAACAUUGACUCAAACACAGCAUCCGCGAAAGGAGGUGGAUUGUUUCUGCGCCAAAGUUCAAGACUGUACAUUUUUAAAAAAGAGUAUGAAUAUGUUGCAGAAAAGAAUCAGUCUCAGAUUACAUAUGUAUCAUUACUAAUUAACAACAACUCGGCUCAGUACGGAGGGGGAAUAUUUGUGGCGGAUGACACAGAGAGUAGUGCCUGCAGAGGAAGGGUCACAGAAACUGGUGUUAUUCAAACCAUUUUUGAGGACUGUUUUAUUCAAACAAUCAGCUUGAUGGAACCUGGACCAAUAAUAAACCACUUCAACACAUUCAUGACUAACAACACGGCUACCCAGUCAGGAUCAGACAUCUACGGUGGUGUGUUGGACAGGUGUACAGCAAGUCAAAAUGCUGAAUAUCACAAUUCUUCAGAUGGAUUGGACUACAUAAACAAAACUGUAAAAUCCUCCACUAAGUUAUCAAUCUCCUCUUCGCCUGUUGAAGUAAUUGUUUGUAGCUAUUCACAAAGUGACUAUAUUUCUAUAAGAAAAGGACACACAUAUAAAAUUAGUGUUAAGGCUGUUGACCAAGUGGAAAAUCCAAUGAAUGCCACAAUUAUCAGUUCUGUUAUCACUACGAGUGGAGUUGGUCGUCUCAAAGAAGGACAGGCUGAACAAACAGUUGUCAAUCAGUGCACAGAGUUAGAGUACAAUGUAUUCUCAAAAGACAACUCUGCUCAGGUGGAACUGUAUGCCAAAGGCCCAUGCAUCAAUUUGGGAAUUUCAAGACAACUUAUUAAUAUUUCUUUUCUACCCUGCACAUGCCCUAUUGGGCUCAAGCCAAUUCAGUCGGAUAUUGAAUGCAAGUGCGAAUGUGAUCAAAUAUUGCAACAAGAUUAUCAGAUAAAAAAUUGUUCUGAGGAAAAUGAGACCAUAAAACUAGAAAGUAACAUAUGGAUAGAAGUCGCGAAUACCACCAACGGAACAGGGUAUGUUGUUAGCAACUGUAUAUUUGACUAUUGUGUACAAAAACCAGUCAACAUCAGUCUAAGCAACCCUGACAAACAGUGUGCCUACAAUCGAAGUGGUGUCUUGUGUGGAGAAUGUAAACCAGGACUCAGUCUUGUGUUGGCCACGUCAAAAUGUAGAGAAUGCUCUAAUCUUUACCUUCUUCUACUAAUACCAUUUGCGCUGGCUGGCAUAUUGCUAGUUGCUUUAAUUCUCACGCUAAAUAUCACUAUAGCAACGGGAAAUAUUCAUGGCCUUAUUUUCUAUACUAAUAUACUAGCAGCUAAUAGAGUGACUUUCUUUCCUAGUUUAAAUAACUUUUUAACGGUUUUCAUAUCAUGGUUGAAUCUUGACUUGGGAAUCGAGAUAUGUUUUUAUGAUGGAAUGAACUCUCAAGCAAAAGUGCUCCUUCAACUUGUCUUUCCCGCUUACUUGUUUCUUCUUGUGUUUCUUAUUAUUGUUUUGAGCAAGUACUUUAACUUAUUUGCAAAACUCCUCUCCAACAGGAACCCAGUUGCUGCCCUAGGCACACUCGUCCUACUUUCUUAUUCCAAACUCUUACGGUUUAUCAUUGCUGCACUGCAACACAGGGUUUUGGAUUAUCCUGAUAAUACAAGUGAUAUAGUUUGGCUGUACGAUGGUAAUGUGCAAUACUUCACUCCUGAUCACAUCCCUCGGUUUGUUGCUGCUGCUAUAAUCCUCAUUGCUGGUGGAUUGUUCACUGUAGUGCUCUUCUUUGGACAAUGGUUUCCUCGCUGUUCCAAAGUUAUGAAAUGGACCAAAAAUACAAAGUACAUUGGCUUCAUGGACACAUACCAUGCUCCAUUCACUCCAAAACAUCGCUACUGGGUGGGGCUGCUCCUCUUUGCUCUGAUUGCUCACAAUCUAGUAACUGCUAUGGCUCCAGACACUUACCUCCCUAUUCUAUCAUCUGGAGUUCUAUCAGUGGGACUGAUUGGAUUGAAACUCUUGAAUAAUCGUUUGUAUAAAAAUACAUUCUGUGGUUCCUUCGAAACUCUAUAUCUGCUCAAUAUUGCUACUCUAUCAUUUGGCACCUUCUAUGUCAAAGAUACCAAGAAAGAUCAGUCAGCACUAGCCAAUACUUCGAUUGCAAUAUCAUUCACCCUAUUUGUCACAACACUUUGUUAUCACUUUUACCAAUUCGUACUCAAGAAGAGUAAUACAUGGCUAAAGAUAGAGGACACUAUAAGGAACUUAGGAGCUGGUGCUGCAGACAUGAGACUCCGACGAGCUAACAACGCCCGACAAAUGUAUCAGCUGGUAGCCGAUGAAAACAAUGACGAUGAAUUACUUGAAGCAGUAGACGACUAUGAACAAAGAGACCCUCCUUACACUGAUGGAGCCAUGGAAAAAGCUGACCCUGAUCGUUACAUCACUCCUCCCAUCAUCAGACCAGCCACGAGGCCAGAUCAGCUGAGACUAUCCUACAUGGAUGAACUAGCCCCCCUCACCACAGAGGACUACAGAAGAUCAGCCCCUCCCCCUCCAAAUCCUAACCGUCGUCCCGUUACACAUACGGAUAUCGGCCCCAUAAAAAAAAUUAUGCAGUGAAGUGUGAAUUGUUCUUUUUAGCUGAGGUAUACCGUUAUACAUGUACAAAUUAGUUUGUAGGCAUUGUGUAUAGUUUCAUGACUGUUGUUUGAAACUGGUUGUUUUGUUUUGUUAUUACUAGUUUA